AUGGCGGCAGCAGGCGGGCGCGGCGCGGAGCCGCCCGCGGAGCCGCCGCUGGGCCCCGAGGAGGUGGCGAGGCGUCUGGCCAGCACGCGGCGGGAGCUGAGCAACAGGCGCAAGAUCCUGCUGAGGAACCUGCCGGCCGAGAGCAGCAGCCAGGAAAUCCAUUACUUAUUUAAAGAUUUUGAAAUCAAGUAUUGUUACGUGGACAGAAAUAAAAGAACAGCGUUUGUUACUCUGUUAAACGGAGACCAAGCUCAGAGUGCGAUUCGGAAAUUUCACCGUUACUCUCUUCGGGGAAAGGAAAUCUCUGUGCAGCUCCAGCCAACAGAUGCUCUGCUGUGCAUCACUAACCUGCCCGUUUCAUUUACCUUAGAAGAGUUUGAAGAACUUGUGCGUGCCUAUGGCAAUGUCGAGAGGUGUUUCUUGGUCUAUAACGAAGUUACUGGCCAUUCCAAGGGCUAUGGCUUUGUGGAAUAUAUGAAGAAGGACUCUGCUGCAAAGGCAAGACUGGAACUUCUAGGGAAGCAGUUGGAUGAGAGCAUUCUCUUUGCACAGUGGAUGGAUGUGAACCAGCUGACAAUAAAUCUUAUUCACUCCAAGUGCCUUUGUGUAGAUAAACUUCCAAAAGACCACGCUGAUUCAAAAGAACUGAUUCAAACUUUCUCCCUGAAGUAUAAACCGGUUUUCUGCCAGUUUGCUCAGGAUGAAGAUAGUUGUAUUGGUGACUUUGCUGUGGUUGAGUAUGAAACUGCAGAGCAGGCUGAGAAGGUGCGAGAAGUCACCGAUGGAAUGAUGAUCAAAGGCAGGAGAGUCCAGGUGUCCUUCUGUGCUCCAGGAGCACCGGGCAGAAGCACCUUAGCAGCACUUAUAGCAGCACAAAGGAUGAUGAGGAACAACAGGAAAGGCUUGCUUCCAGAGCCAAAUCCAGUGCAGAUUAUGAAAAGUUUUAAUAACCCAGCAAUGUUGCAAAUGCUCCUGCAGCCCCAGUUGCGUGGACACGCUGUUAAACCCGCAGUUCUUGGAGCAUCUGCAGGUUUACCUCACCUUAUAAACUCAGCAGUUGGCCCACCUUUUUUGCAGCUGAAUAAAGUUCACCAGAGUUCAAUUCUGGGGAGCACAUCUAAUUUACUGCUGCAGAGCCCUGCUCACCUCCCAUUGCCCCAGCAGCAGCUGAUGAAGGUUGAAAACAUCCAGGCUAAUAGUAAGCCAGGUUUGCUGGGAGAACCUCCAACAAUGCUGCUCCAGACAGUGCUGGGAAUAGGGGUGGUGCCAUCAGUGAGCUCAGGCAUGGGAACCCGUGGAGAAGCACUCAAAUCAGCAGCAGGGCUGGGCAUCCUGCCAUUCUUCCCGAAUCAGCACAUUGUUGGACAGGCCCUGCCAGGGCCCAACAACGCGCCAGAGAAACCAUCGCCCGCCGAAGCCGCGGUCUCGGGAUCACAGCCCUAUCUCCAGACCUUAACAAACCUUCCUGCAGCACCUCUGUGGGCUGGACAUGCCAAGCAACAAAGUCAACUCAAAAGUGCUGAUCCGAGUUUGGGGACUCCCUUGAAAAAACAAACUUCACUCCUAGGAGAACCACCAAAAGAAAUACGUCUGAGUACCAACCCCUACUUGAACUUGGCAAGUGUGUUGCCUGGUAUUUGUCUUCCAGCAAUUGCCAGCAAAGCCUCCAGUCCACCACAGCAAACUGGCCUUUCAAACAACAUGGUGGAUGCUGCUGUGUCUCAGGGAACUACAUCACAACAUGCCAUGGAAAAUUAUUUUAAUUACUCUCAACAGCAUGGGGAAUACACACAGGAGGCUGUUCAGCACUGGCAUCAGCAUUGUGCUCAGGCCUGUAACUCUAGCCAGGCAAGAGUCGAUGAAUUUGAAAAUGAAGCCUCUGAGGAAUCUACAGGUGGAUUUUACCCAGACUACAGUACCUGCUUGCAGGUCAUGCCUGCUCUUUACAGUGGAGCCCAGGGAUCACACCAGCCAGGCAGCUUGCAGCUUCCUCCACAAAACCCCUUAAAUAAGGCGGCUCCGACCAGGAGCGAGAAGCGAGGCGCCGCGUUCCUCGUCCCCUCCCCAGACCCAGGGCCCGUGGAGCUCCUGGGCCCGCAGGCCCCGCCGCGCUACGCCGAGUCCGCCCUGAAGAAGAAGCGCGUGUACUGAGCCCCCGAGACCCCUCCUGCCUCGGGGGGCCAGGGCAGAGCCCUCUCAGCGCCGCUGGUCAUUGCUGCCUUAACUUCAGACACGUCCUUCUUGCUGCGUGGGGGACGAGGACCCCGAGAGGAGCCACCCUGUGCGGCGGCAGCUCUGCCGAGGCCGGAGCGUCGCGCUGCGCGUCGGGGGGUCUGACCCACCUUUGGGGAGCCUGGGCUGGAGCUGCCCGAGCCCCCUGCCCCCGAGGGGCUGGGGCUGACAGAGCAAAGCAGCCUGGUGAGUUUGGGUGGCUUUACCGGCUGAGAGCAAUAAAACACUGAGGAGGGACCGCUGAGCCUUCUCCAGUCCUCAGACUGAGGAAGUUAAAAGGUAAAGUCUUGAUAGUGGGGUGUUGUUUUUUUUUUUUAAAUGACCACGGGGUUCUUUUUUUCCAAUCGUACUUCUUCCAGGAUUAAGAGUUCUGCAUUUACAGCCUUUAUAUUUUUAAUAUUUCUCUUAAUCCUGGACUGGAGAGAUACCAAAUGUAUAACCAGAGCCACUGUUGUUUUCAAUAAAUGUUUGUUAAAAGUGA